UCUUUUCAGAUGGUUACGACUGGUGAAUGUCGACAUGCUAAAAUUUCUAACUGCUGUUGCAUUCUCCAUCCAUAUAAGUGGAUUGUUUAUAUCAGGAUAUGUAGCAGGUAACAAAGUGUACGAAAGUUGCGACUUUGAAGUCGGGUUUUGUGGCUGGUCACAAGAUAUCGCGUCUGACGACGGAAACUGGACGAGGUGGAAAGGAAGGACACCCACGCCAUAUACUGGACCAAUUAUGGACCAUACGACAAAUACAACGGCAGGUUUUUACAUAUACAUGGAAUCAAGUCCCAUGAAGCAGGGAGAUAAGAUUAGACUUCUUUCACCCGUUUUCCAAGUGAAUUUGAGCAGUAGUUGUUUUGAAUUUUGGUACCACAUGUUUGACAAACCUUUUGACUUUGGCCACAAGAGCCACGAUGCUGUAGGAGAACUAAAUAUUUACAUUACAACGGGGGGCCUGGCCAGUAACACCAUAUUUAAUGCUUGUGGAAACCACGGAGACCGAUGGAUUCAGGGGGUGGUGGCCAUACCACAGUUAAAUGAGUCAUUUCAGAUAAUUCUAGAAGCUGUGGACAUAUUUGGUCAGCCGAACAGUGAUAUUGCUAUCGACGAUCUCAAGCUGGGGCCGUGCGGAAGUCUUACAACUUUGGGUGUUUGUAACAGGUCAACAACAACCGUUGAAACCACCACCAUGACCGCAGCCACCAUCACGACCACACCUAGCCUCACGACCACAACCAGCCUCACGACCACAUCUAGCCUCACGACCACUGCCACCCUCACGACCACUAGCAGCCGCAUGACUACUGCCAGCCGCAUGACUACUGACAGCCUCACGACCACACCAAUCCACAACACGGCAAUCACUCAGAUGACAUCAGUUAUUCCCAGGCGAACUACCAGAGGCAAUUCUGGAGCUUUGAAACAGACCACUUCUGGGGGUAUUGCUCCUACUUUAGCAAAACUCAUUACGAACUCUCCUGUCUUGGAUAAAACUACAGAACAGGUCACACCUGGCGUGGGGAAUGUCUUCACAACCGCCACUUUUGAACAAUUCACAACUGGGAGCUCUUCCCAUCUAGUGUCUGGGACAACGGCUUCUUACCACAACACCAACACAAGUAAAAGUGGUCUCAAGAAGCAAACUGGAGGAAGUGGAGGAGGUCAACAGAAUAUCGUUCCCAUAGCUGUCGGAGCCAGCUUAGGAGGGUUGGUCUUGCUGGUUUUAACCGGGCUCCUACUCUGGUAUUUUAUCCGAAAAGGACACAGAGUCGCUCCAGUACCAUCUAUGGUCAUAACAGAAAACUCAGAGAAGGUUGAAGGGUUACUUGUGAUGACAGUCGACAUGUUCACAUCUUUUCUUGUUGUUGCAGUGUUCGUCAUCCAUGUGAGAGGGUUGUUUAUCUCAGGAAACGCAGCAGGCCACAACGUGUACGAAAGUUGCGACUUUGAAGUCGGGUUUUGCGGCUGGUCACAAGAUUUCGGGUCUGACAAAGGAAACUGGAAGAGGUGGAAAGGGAGAACACCCACGCGCUAUACUGGACCAAGUGUGGACCACACUACAAAUACAACAGCAGGUUUUUACAUAUACAUGGAAUCAAGUCCCAUGAAGCAGGGAGAUAAGAUUCGACUUUCUUCACCAGUUUUCCAAGCGAAUUUGAGCAGUAGUUGUUUUGAAUUUUGGUACCACAUGUUUGACAAACCUUUUGACUCUGGCCUUAAGAAUCACGAUGCUGUUGGUGAACUAAAUAUAUACAUCAGUUCAAAGACAAUAGCCAAUAACACCAUAUUUAGUACGCGUGGAAACCAUGGAGAUCAGUGGACGAAAGGGACAGUGGCCAUACCGCAGUUAAAUGAGUCAUUCCAGAUCGUUCUGGAGGCUGUGGAGUUAGUUGGACAACGGAUUAGUGAUAUCGCUGUCGAUGAUCUCGAGCUAGGGCAGUGCGAAAGUCCCACAACUGCGGGAGUUUACAAAUGCACAUUUCUGUUUGCCAAAACUACGCCUCGGUUUGCUUCUGAUAAGUCUUCUGUGUCUUCGUCGACGCCCGUGAAUAAAGCUACUUCCAGUGAAAUUACAUUUCCCCGCAAAUACACAGAGAGGAUGUUACCUUCGAUCACUACCACCACUACCAACAUGUUACCAAGGGAAUCGCAUGAAACAACGACGCAAGAAAGUGCAAGCAGUUCUAAAACUUCGGUGACUGCUACACUUUCUACUAAUUCGUGGACAUCACCAUAUUCUCUACCCACUAUCAAAACGUCUGAGGCUCCACGUACAAAAACCACAUUUAGAUCGUCCUACGAAACCCCGACACAACGAACCAGACAUGCGUCUCCUACCGUAGAUUCAGCUUCCUCAGAAAUCAGCUUUUUUACUACUAGGACAAUAUCUGAAAACACCAGCUCGAAAAGCCCUCCAUCACCCAUCCACAAAACCACGUUGUCAUCGACCGUUGAUAAUUUCACUUCUUCAGUUCGAACGCCAAAGCUGACGACAUCGUUGUUCACUAAAACUCUCAACGCCACCAUGAAAACGAGAGAAAUAGCGACAAAAGGUCUUCAUACUCCCACAAGUCCGACUACCUAUAACAUAUAUUCUUCUUUGAAUUCUGCAUCUGCCGGUUCGUCUGCUCCAAUACUCACAACACCCGCUUCCACCUACUACACAAAUGUCACACUAUCUUUACCUACCGAGACAACGAGCAUGGUAACAACGACUCCUGAUGUGUCCUCUUUGAAUACUACGUCAGCUACGUCAACUUCCACGCCCACAUUAACAACUGCCUCUAUUUCGACUUCAUCCUCAUCCGACGUCACACUAUCACUAAACAACGACACUACGCACAAAGGAACUACAGCUGACCCCUCUUUGAAGUCUUCUUUGUCAACUUCGAUGCCCCUGUUUAAGACUACAAACCCCGAGACCUCAAUUACUUUGAUUAAGUCAAGUGACACGCCUAAGACUUUGUUCCAGACUACGAGCACAGCUGUUCUAAGCAAAUCUACUGGGAAUAUGUCCAGUAAGCCUACAGGAGCGGUAACAUCUCUUAAAAUGCCGUCAGUUCGGAUGCAUACAACGGAGACAGCACCUAGAUCAUCCCCUUCGGCACUUGAACCCACUACUUCAAAUUUGAACACAGAUUUAAGCAGAAAAACUGCGCCACACUCUUCUAGCGGUCCAACCACUGAGUCUGUGUCAAAACCUACGUUAACGCCUGGGUUGACUGCGACCACCCUUCCUCUAUACACUGCAGGUAAGGGAAAACCGUGGAAUUCUUCCAAGGCGAUUCACACUACUGUCAGAACCACGCCAAUUUCAGCCCAAAAUCCUGUAAAUACGUCACCUAUUUAUAGUGUAGAAACUUCUUCCCUUGAGACUUCUAUCCUUCGUACACAGGCUACUGACAUGACAUCCAAGAGUUCUUCUACAGACCAUACAAAUUCCAAUGACAGUACCAUGCCAGUGACAAUCCACAAGACUUCGCAGCUGCGACCAACGUUUACCACGCCGCCUGUACUUACUUUAACUAGCGAAUCUACGUUGAAAACUAUAGGUAACACGUCUAAAAUGUCUACCUUAGCACUGAAAUCGACCAUUUCUUUCCCCGCUACAUCGUUUGCUCACCAAAGCACAACUGAAAUGUUACCUGAAAAUAUUUCUAUAGGGAAAACAACUUCCAAUCUUAACACUGCUCCAACAAUAAAUCAUAAACCAACACCACCGUCUACUGGAGGCACACCAACCACGGCCCCGUCCACUAGAAGUUCCACCAAAAUCGUCCCAAACAAAGAGACUCCGAGGUUAAUGCUUACGACAUCGCCCGCUGUCCAAACAACCGCCAGCGCAAUCCAUGCGUCAACGUUAGCGCUGGAUACCUCUUCACAGUCUGGAAGAGAUUCAUCUAGCUCAUCUUCUACUUCCACGGCCUCCCCUCUGGCGCCCUCUCUGCCUAUAACACAAACAACAGAAAUCAAACCCAGCACUGAUACGUCAUCAAUUCUAGUACAUAUGACGUCAUUCAGAUAUCAGACAUCAACAGCAAAGAUAUUCUUAGAUACGACGUCACGUCGACGACCAGAACAAUUCACACGGGUUAGUGAGACGGUUACACCAGCACAUGAGAAGUCGACAGUAACACUGGAAAUGGAUAGAAGGAAAACUCCACCUCCUACUGGUACGUCUCCCACCACGGUAACAUUGUCCCGCAGGGCGACGACACCUAUUUCUACGUUUUCUUUCAUUUCGACGAUCCCUCCUCUAACUCGUACCCGACUACCCGCUGUACCUAUGACAACGGUCACACCAACGUUCAUCCGCAAAACAACACACCAGCCUACCAAAGAUAUGCCAAAGUCUAACCUUUCACCAAAGUUUUUUACUCAGUCUUCGAUUACCUCACCUCUUGCAAGCACAGGCAAAAUUAUAUCCAGGACUUCUAGCAUCACCCAUGAAUACCCACUUUCUACACCGUCUACAUAUCUCACAUCGUCAUCGGAGUCCUAUAUGAAGACUACGUCACAUGUUAAAUCCCAUUCAACUGUGCGGAGUGGAUCAUCACUUGCAACGUCAAAAGCCAAGCCGACUGUGACGUCAGCAGUUUGGAAAAGUAUCACGAAGUUGCCAAAGGGGAAAAUUUUUAAAACUACAGAGGACGAGGGGAUAUUGCAAUCAAGUACACAACCUUCCAGGGAAGAAAAUGGAGCAUUUUCUGUUACAACUACGCCAUUAAGUACUAGAAAUACUAGAAUCUCCCAUGAAACCGACACAAUUACUGCUGUGUCAACUAAACAACCAGACAUGACAACCACAUCUGCCUUACGGACAGCUCAACACAGCACAUCUACUGCAAUAAUCGAUUCCAAAAUUACUACGACAACGGGGUUGGCUCAAACUGAUUUAGGGAAGACUUCGACAGCAAGGAACUCGGUUUUCACAACAAAGCGAGCAAAUCCUACUAUAAACCCCGCUGCAGUGUUUUCUUCGCUUGGUCCCAGUGAUUACACCUCUCAAGUAUUAAGUUCGACUGUUGUCUCAACAACGAUAAAACACAUCUAUGGCUCUGUCACAUCAGCUCAAGUAACUGGUAUCCCAACAUCAGUAUCAGGUGACUUAUCAUUACAGUCAGCAGUAAGUGAACAAACCACCGUAGUGAACUCUGACAGAACUGAGCAGGGAUUGUAUGUUCUCCCUAUCGUAUUCGUAACAGGAGUAAGUGCACUUACUGUUUUCGGGGUGAUCGCAUGUCUGUUUUAUUUUUUGAGGAAUCGCCGAAGCACUCAAAACUUUUCGCAGGCUUGAUUUGCAAAAAAAAAAAAAAAAAUUCCGGUUAAUGUUAUUGCAUUUUGUGUGGAUUAACUUCUUUCACAGAGAGUUGGAUUUUUCCAUUCGGAUUGCUGCAGUGAAGUGUGUUUGAAUGAUGAAAUGUGGUGACAUCCAUUGCAGCAGGUGAGCGACACAAUCGAAUUCCCUUCU